GUUCAAAUAUCUAUUUGAGAUUUGUUUGUGACAGACUACUAGAUGAAUUCGUAUUAAUGAUAUACAUUAUAGAUAGGAAGAUUUGAGCUGUAAACGUUCAUUAUCGUUAACAAGCUCAUUGGCAAUUUGAAGUUGUGAUUUUUCAUACAAGUGUAUGGUAGGAUAAAAUAAAUAAAUGAAGAGGUUAGAGAAAAUUGUUAUAAAGGUAUUAGAGUUAUACACUUGAAUUUGAUGUAUAAUUGCCAACACCUAUUUGGCUAACUUUUUUGUGUUUGGAAGUGUGUGAAGAACAACGGUGGUGACGACAGUCGAUUAAGCUUGGAAGCAAAUAUCUGGCUUAUAAUGCUUCACAUAAAUUUCUCUUUCUCUCUUGAUUUUGUGGGAUCCUUGUUUUUUUUUCUCUCUAAAACCCAAACUCUCAAUUCAGAGCCUAUGUUUCGUUAAUAGAUUUUGAGAUUCCAACCUUUAAUUUGGUUUUCUGAUAAUGGCAAUUGCUUCUUCUCUAAUUGCCUUCUCAUCUUCUUCCAACAUUUCCUUUACUCAUCCAAAUUUCAGAUUUCACUUCAAUUUUCCUAACCCACCUCUCAAAUUCAACUCCAAACCUUUCAGGGUUCAAGCCCUUAAACAGAAAACCGGCGAAAUCGAACGCCCAUCUCCUUCUUCCUCUUCUUCUGCAGAUGAAGUUACCAAAAAAUACGGACUUGAAGCUGGUCUUUGGAAGAUAUUUAGCUCUAAGGAGGAGGGUGAAGGGACAAACAAAUCAAAGGGUGAUCAAGCAAAAGAGUUGCUAGCAAAAUAUGGAGGUGCAUACUUAGCCACCUCCAUAACUCUAUCCUUGAUUUCUUUCUCUCUAUGUUACGCGCUCAUCAGUGCUGGUGUUGACGUUCAAGUUCUUCUGCAGAAGGUAGGAAUUUCAAUUGAUGAGACAGGAGAGAAAGUUGGAACAUUUGCUUUGGCAUAUGCAGCACAUAAAGCUGCUUCUCCAAUAAGGUUUCCUCCAACAGUCGCUCUCACUCCAAUUGUUGCAAGUUGGAUUGGGAAGAAAGUAGAGAAAGAGAAUUAGUAUAAUGUCUUACUUUGAGACUACAAAGUUAUUCGUUAGAGUUCUUAUAUAAAGUUACUUGACAGUGUAUAUUGGGUUUAAUCCUAAUCCCAUGUAGAUUGUAUACCAAUGAGUUAUAAUGUGCCCAUCCUUUUUGAAUCAUAGCUAAUGGUUCCGACAUUUAGGAGUCUAUAAGAUUGGUGAUUUUACACAA